CCUUGAAUUAGUACUAUAUAAAUUGAAGAUAGUUCCCAUAAAUUCUCAAAAAAUCAUCCACAGACGAACAAUAAUCACAGCACAACAAACCCCAACCAUGGUUGCUCAUAGCUCUACCCCGAUCAUCUCAUCCUUCUCCUUCCUCGCGAUCAUCGCUUCUCUUCUCACAGUCGCGGUCUUGCCUGCAACAGUCUCAGCUGUGCCACUCUCCACCAGCUCACGGUGGAUCGUCGACGAGAGCGGGCAGCGCGUGAAGCUGGCCUGCGUGAACUGGGUGUCGCAUCUCGAACCCGUCGUCGCCGAAGGCCUGAGCAAGCAGCCGGUGGACGCCAUCUCCAAACGCAUCGCGUCGUUGGGCUUCAACUGCGUCAGGCUGACGUGGCCAACCUUCUUGGCAACCAAUGAUACGCUGGCAUCUGUCACUGUUCGACAGUCGUUUCAGAGCCUCGGCCUCAGCGAAUCCAUUGCUGGUCUCCAGUCCAACAAUCCCUCCAUCAUCGAUCUCACCCUCAUACAAGCUUACCAGGCGGUGGUAUCUAGCCUUGGGAAGAACAAUGUGAUGGUUAUACUGGACAAUCAAGUAAGCAAGCCUGGUUGGUGCUGCAGCAGCUCUGAUGGCAAUGGUUUCUUUGGCGACCAGUACUUCAAUCCUGACAUUUGGAUCAAGGGCCUUACUCGGAUGGCCACAUUGUUCAAAGGCGUGGCCAAUGUGGUGGGCAUGAGCUUGAGGAACGAGCUGAGAGGCCCCAAACAGAAUGUUGACGAUUGGUACAAGUACAUGCAAAGAGGAGCUGAGGCAGUGCACUCAGCAAACCCAGAUGUGCUUGUGAUUCUCUCUGGCCUGAGUUAUGACAAAGACUUAUCUUUCCUUGCCGACCGGCCAGUGAGCCUCACAUUUUCUGGGAAAACAGUAUAUGAGGUGCAUUGGUAUGGGUUUUCAGAUGGGCAGGCAUGGAAGAGUGGCAACCCUAACCAAGUGUGUGGGUCAGUUGUAAAUAACAUGAAGAGACAAUCAGGGUUUUUGCUGGAAAAAGGGUUCCCAUUGUUUGUGAGCGAGUUUGGGGUGGACCAGAGGGGCACCAAUGUGAAUGACAAUAGGUACCUAAACUGCUUCAUGGCUACUGCAGCUGAACUUGAUGUGGAUUUUGCUCUCUGGACUUUGGAUGGGAGUUAUUAUUUGAAGGAUGGGGUCCUCGGAAUGAAUGAGUAUUAUGGAGUCUUGAACUGGGAUUGGAGUGAUGUCAGGAAUUCAAGCUUAUCUCAGAGACUCUCUGUUCUUCAAUCUCCUUUCCAAGGUCCAGGCUUAUCUCAAUCCAGGCUGCAUAAAAUUAUUUUCCAUCCAGCUACGGGCCUCUGCCUCCUAAAAGUUGGAUGGCUUGGGCCAUUGAAGUUAGGUUCAUGCUCUCAAUCUGGAGCCUGGAGCUAUUCAUCCAAGAAGAUCCUAACUCUUAAAGGAACGUAUUUCUGCAUACAAGUUGAUGAACUGGAGAAGCCAGCACAAGUUGGGAUUAUUUGCACGACCCCUAAUUCACAAUGGGAUACCAUUUCAGAUUCUGGGUUGCAUCUUUCAUCUAAGACAUUGGAUGGUACUGAUGUUUGCCUAGAUGUAGACUCCAGCAACACCAUUGUCACAAGUUCCUGCAAAUGCUUAGGCAGAGAUAGUUCGUGCGACCCCGAAAGCCAGUGGUUCAAACUUGUCGAUAGCACAAUAACUUCAACGUCUUCAAGCCCCAUAUUCUAGAUCAACUCAGUAGCAGAUAUGCUUGGGAUGAAGAUCACGACUAACUAUUUAGUGAAGCAAAGAAAGGGACUGGUGCGCUCAAGAAAUAAAAAUUUAGGUGCCUUAAUAUGUCCAUGCAUGUCAAAAGCCGCAUGUAUUUGUAUAGAAAUAAAGUAUUUGUUCAACCUGGGCUGUUGUGUAAAAUUAUGUAGUUUUAUUAGACCAUGUAAAAAUUGAUAAAUGCAAACCUAAUAUUAUUUGGUAGAAAAGGAAAUUAAUGUAAUUCUAAAGUCAGGGCUCACACACUACAUAUCAAAGAAAGAAAGAUCAUGUCUGCA